GCCAAGGUUCUCCAAGAGCCCAAGGCAGCUGAGAGCCUCCUCACAUAGCGAGCGAGCUCCUCUGCCCUCUGCCACCACCUCCUCCUCCUCCUGCUCCUCCUCUCCAGUGCAGCAGCAGCACCGCCGCCGCCGCCGCUUCUCCACUUACUGCUCUAGAUCUCUCCCACCGAGCGAGAGGAGAAGGGGGUCGUUAUCUUGUGAGGAUCGAGAGGCAGAGAGAUCGAGAUGGCUUUCCUCAACAUGGAGCAGCAGACCUGGGCCUUCACCUUCGGUAUCCUAGGUAACAUAAUCUCGCUGAUGGUGUUUCUGUCACCGCUGCCGACGUUCUACCGCGUGUACCGCAAGAAGGCGACGGAGGGCUUCCAGUCGACGCCGUACGUGGUGACCCUCUUCAGCUGCAUGCUGUGGAUCUUCUACGCGCUGCUCAAGUCCGGCGCCGAGCUGCUGGUCACCAUCAACGGCGUCGGCUGCGUCAUCGAGACGGUGUACAUCACCAUGUACCUCGUGUACGCGCCCAGGGCGGCGCGGGUGCUCACGGCCAAGAUGCUGCUGGGGCUCAACGUCGGCGUCUUCGGCCUCGUCGCGCUCGUCACCAUGGUGCUCUCCAAGGGCAGCCUCCGGGUGCACGUGCUCGGAUGGGUCUGCGUCAGCGUCGCGCUUAGCGUCUUCGCCGCGCCGCUCAGCAUCAUGCGGCAGGUGAUCCGGACCAAGAGCGUGGAGUUCAUGCCCUUCUCGCUCUCCUUCUUCCUGGUGCUGAGCGCGGUGAUCUGGUUCGCGUACGGCGCGCUCAAGAAGGACGUGUUCGUGGCGUUCCCCAACGUGCUGGGCUUCGUCUUCGGCGUCGCGCAGAUGGCGCUGUACAUGGCGUACCGGAACAAGAAGCCCGCGGCCGCGGUGGUGCUGGUGGAGGAGGUGAAGCUCCCGGAGCACGCCAAGGAGGUGGCCGCCGCGGCGGCAGCGGCGGCGCCCGAGGGCAGGGCCAGCUGCGGCGCCGAGGUGCACCCCAUCGACAUCCUGCCGGCGGAGGAGCCGCCCGUCGUCGCGGCCGUGGCCGUGGCGGCACGCGACGACCCGCAGCAGGUCGCGGUGGCCAUCGACGUGGAGCCCGUCACGUGCGCCGCCGCGGCAGCAGCAGCCGGCGGGGUCGACGGCCUGGUGGCGGCGGAGCUGGCGACGAUGAAGCCUGACACGGCCAUUGCCGUGGAGGUGUAGGUUAGCCGCGGCGCAAGGCGGCACAAGGAAGUCUCUAGCUAGUACCAGUCAGUCAGUAGUAAUUCUCAUGUGAACAAGACCGGGCGGGCGGGGCUGCUAGCCUGCUACGCUACGGCAGUCUGCUGCAUGCAUGCAGGCGCGUUGACCGGUGGAGGUGGAGGUAGCCGGGCCCGUAGGCGAGUAGCGCCUUGGCAGGCACCCACGGGGCAGCCGUUACUGGCUGGCCUGUGCGAUGAGCCGGCGAGAGACGAGUGAGAGAGAUAGCGCGAGCGAGAGGGUCGGUCGGUUCAUCAGAUCCAGACGGCUAGCCCCCGUGUGUGUGUGUGUGUUAAUCGAUUCGAUCGGCUUGCCGCCUUUGUGUGUCCCAGUCUGACUGUUUCAUUUCCACCAUUCCCAUGCCCACCGUCGCAGCAGCAAUAAACUCGGAUUGGACGAUUUACUUC